AUGUUGCGAAUUCAGCGAUCAGGACGAGUGUUGAAUUGCAUUGCAGACCUGUUGAGACAUACAGACCUUUAUCAAUAUCACACAACUGUAUUGCCUGAGGGUGCAAAAGCUUUCAUAAACGGCAGGUGGGUGACUGCAGAAUCAAAAGCAACAUUCGAAGUGCGGAAUCCUUUUUCUGGGGAUAUUCUGUAUCAGGCUGCUAACUGUGAUGUUGCGGAUGCCAAACGGAGCGUAAAAGCUGCGAAGGAUGCAUUCGAACAAUGGUCAGUGGGUCUUACUGGAAAACAAAGGGGCGCUAUUCUGUAUAAAUGGUAUCAGUUGAUGUGCGAAAAAGAAUCGCAACUGGCUGAAUUACUUACGCUCGAACAGGGUAAACCAUUAGCGGAGGCACGAGGUGAGAUUCAGUAUUCGUCGUCAUUCUUGGAUUGGUAUUCUGGUGAGGCUAGACGUAUCUAUGGCCAAGUGGUUCCGGCGACAGCAACGAAUCGGACGCAUUUGCAUACACGUGAGCCGAUUGGUGUGGUUGCAUUGAUCACUCCGUGGAACUUCCCAACGGCAAUGAUUGCGCGUAAAACGGGUGCUGCUUUAGCUGUUGGAUGCACAAUUGUAACAAAGCCUGCCGAAGACACUCCACUCUCUGCGCUUGCCUUUGCUGAGUUGGGUAUGCAAGCUGGUCUUCCCGAAGGUGUCUUCAACGUAAUCCCAGCCGAUCGUGUUAAAACAGCUCAAAUUUCAAAGUAUCUUUGUAGUUCGACAGAUGUUGAUGCCAUUUCGUUUACCGGUAGCACUGCGGUUGGGAAGUUGUUGCUCUCGCAGUCGGCUGAUACCGUUAAGAGAGUGUGUCUCGAGCUAGGCGGUAACGCUCCACUUAUUGUCUUCCCAUCAGCUAAUAUUGAAACUGCUGUUAAGGGUACGAUGGCAACCAAAUUCCGUGGCUCAGGACAAACGUGCAUAUCAGCAAAUCGAAUGUUCGUUCAUUCGACAAUUCAUGACGAAUACGUGAAACAGCUUCAUAAUGCAAUGAAAUCGUUGGUUAUAGGCGAUGGCAUGAGAAGUGAUGUUAACCAAGGCCCCCUUAUCAAUGAACGAGCUGUUAAAAAGAUCGAAGAUUUGAUAUCGGAUGCCGUGUCGAAAGGCGCUAAUGUUGUUUGUGGUGGCAAACGAGGUACUCAAUCAACGCUGUUUGAACCAACGUUGAUCACAAACGUUCAGUCAAAUAUGCAAAUUGCACACACGGAAAUCUUUGGUCCUGUUGCAGCUAUUGUUAAGUUCGAAACGGAAGAGGAGGCGCUUCAACUGGCAAAUAAUACACGUUCUGGUCUUGCUGGUUAUAUUUUCACAACUGAUCCGGCUCAAAUGCAGCGUGUUAGUCGUCGACUGCAUGUUGGGAUGAUUGGUGUCAAUGAAACCAUGAUAUCUUGUGCUGAAGGUGCGUUUGGUGGUGUGAAGGAAAGUGGUUUAGGUCGAGAAGGAGCUGCACAAGGAAUCGAUGAAUUUUCACAGUGGAAGUAUAUUUGUACAAGUUAUUGA